GUUCCUUGAAGGCCAAUUCGUCUGUUUUUGCUUUCUUCACCUGCAAUCUAUGACUUUGAACACCACUUGAAAGUUUUAAAAAGCCAGCGCGUAUAAUCAGAGUACUAGUCUUCUUUCCGCGUCAGAAUUUACUCGAAGUUUGGACCCGGUGCACGGCGCUUGCAUAGAUUAUUUAUAACCUCGGAAGUAAGGAAUUCCCUAAUAGCGGAAGAAAAAGGAAACUGAAAUAGCUUGGAAAGGUUAUCCAGUGUCUCCAUGGCUGAAUCAAAGCGAGUGGUGGUGGUGGGAGGUGGAAUUGCAGGUGCACAUGUCGUUAGAUCUCUGCAAUUUCACGCAAAUGUCACUCUUAUUGAUCCGAAGGAGUAUUUUGAAAUACCAUGGGCUAUGCUGAGAUGUAUGGUGGAACCGAAAUUUGCAGAGAGGUCUCUGUGUAAUCACAAUGAUUAUUUAGCAAAUGCCCGGCUGAUUAUCAGUAGUGCUGCGAGUGCUACUGAUACAGAUGUUGUCACAGAAUCAGGAGAACGCGUUCCCUAUGAUUAUCUGGUGAUUGCUACAGGGAGUACAUUUAAUGGGUCCAUCUCCAAACAAGACAGGAUUAAACAGUUUGAGUCAGAUUAUGACAAAAUCAGCAGCGCCCGGACAGUUCUGAUUAUUGGAGGUGGACCAACUGGGGUUGAGCUAGCUGCAGAAAUCAAGGUAGAUUUCCCUGAGAAGAAGGUAGUUCUCAUACAUAAGGGUUCCAGACUCAUUGAUUUUCUUGGCCCAAAAGCUUCGCAGAAGACCUUGGAUUGGUUAGUUUCCAAAAAGGUUGAGGUCCACCUGAACGAAUACAUUGAUUUGGAAAGCCUCUCAGAGUCAACCACUACCUAUACCACACAAAAUGGGAUGAAUAUAUAUGCAGAUUGCCAUUUCGUGUGUGUUGGAAGGCAUGUUGCUUCAUCCUGGCUUCAGAAUUCUGUUUUCAAAGAAUAUGUUGAUAAGCAAGGUCACAUGAAAGUAGACGAAUCUCUGCGUUUAAGAGGGAAAACUAAUGUCUUUGCGGUUGGAGAUAUUACAGACAUUAAGGAAAUCAAGCAAGGUUUCUUGGCUGAGAAGCAAGCAAAAGUUGUGGUUAGCAAUAUUCAGAUUUCACUUCACGGCUCCAACCGCAAGUUGAAAGCGUAUAAAGCUGCCUCACCAAUAGCAAUUGUCUCUCUUGGAAGAAAUGCUGGAGUUGCUCAGCUGCCGUUUGGUACUUUCAUCGGUUGCCUUCCAGGCAGGAUAAAGUCCAGAGACUUGUUUGUUGGAAAAACUCGUAAGGGAUUAGGGAUAGAGCCAUAGACACACUAUCAAAAUUUUCCUGAGAUUUCAUCUGUGUCCUUGUAUUUUUGCAGUCAGAGUCUAGUUUUUCCGUUAUUAAAUUGUGGGCUGAAGCUUUCAGUGUCUCAUAGGCUGGAGCAAAUCUGUGAGUUUGAUUCAGCUUAGACUUUAUAAUUGAUCUGUAUAAAUAUUACUAUAUCAGGUGUACAAGUCACUUCUUAAAUUGUUAGGUGGUUUUGCCUAUUCUAGCCUUUGGGUUCUCUGUAUUCAAGAGUUCAAAGCUGUAACGUCUUUGUUGCUUACACAUGAUCCUUGUCAUGGAGUAAAGUGCUAUUCUUAUUAUAUGAUAAUUCAGAAGCAUUGCAUGUCUCAAA